GCAGUCUGCUUGGCAUUCUCUCUCUCUCCCUGUCUGUCUGCCCCUCCAUCAUUCAUGCAUGCUCGCUCUCUGUCUCUCAGAAUAAAUAAACUUAAUAGAAGAAAUCAGUGAUAUUUAUCAACUUAAGGACAUCCUAAUAUUACUUUUUUUUUAUCAUUGUCACCUAUAAAAUUCUGCCAAAUAUCUUGGUUUGCAGUUACCAACAUGAUCAUCUGUCUUCCUCCUUAACUUCUUUUUCUUUCUUCCUUUCUUUCCUUUUUUUUUUUUUUUAAGUAAACUGUCCCUCCACGUUGGGGCUUGAACUCACAACUCAAGAAUUACAUGCUUUACAGACUUAGCAGCCAGGUGCCCCUAUGCUGUAAUCUUUUAUUGGUGACAGUAUUUGCAAAUAUAUUUAAUAAUUUGGGAUCCCUUAUGUAUGUGAGAUUUGUUAAAUAUUGGUGGCAAUCUUUGUAAGAUAUUGGGAAAUUAUUUGCAAGCAUUAGUCUUUUGAAGUAUAGUAAACAUAACAUUUGUGAAUGGCCCAAGUAACAUGGAUCUAUCUGAUAGUGAAGAAUAAUAGAGUAUCACUGAUAAACUAUCAUCUGGUGCUGUCUUUGUGAAAGACUUCCUGUACAAAUAUUGCUGUUUCCGCCCCUCCCCCCCUCCCCCCCAACUGGCCAGUGCACAGGGUUCACUUCAGAAUUUGUACUUCUUCUGGGGUCAGUGCCAUGAAGUACACAUUCCUAGAAAUGUCCACGUCGACUGGACUUUCCAGUUAACUGCACCGAGUUGUACAAAGCAUAUCUAAUGAUUUGUGAUACAUGUUUGUUGCAUCACAGCCUUCCUUUCGCUCUUCUUGAAAAAUCCUCCCUGGGCCUUUUGUAUCCUUCUUGUCCCUGCUCAGAACGUGCCUUAUUUUUCAGCUUAGGAGCCUGAGCGUAAACAGACAAUUAUAUUUUAAGGACGGUGACAUUCUCCAGGAAGUGCAGGGUCUGAUUAAAUACUUGUGCUUCACUGCUGUUGUCUCCUGGGCCAGAUCUCAACAUUUUUCUAUUUCUACCAAGUGAGACUCUGUCUAAACCCAGCUAUUAUGGAAAAGGAAAACACUCCUCCAAAACAUUCAGUCUGUCUCUUUGGAGAGGCUAACUAGAAACUCUAAUUGUUUCUGAGAAUUGGGAACUGGAAGGAUUUUUUUUUUUUUUUUUUUUUUUAAGAUUAAUUUCAACUGCCACAUUGCACAGCGUCAUUGGAACUGCCCGCAAAGUGAUAAUUGUAGUUCUGUGGAGAGUUGAGAUCACAGAAUCGCAGACUCUUAUCAUAGGGUCUGGCUGCCUCCCUCCCACAUGAGCAAAGGGUGUCAUGACUGUCACACUGAGCUCACUGUCCCAGCAGCAGGAAAGAGAUACGUGAGUAUUUUUCUGUUUCAGCCUGAGACACAGAUUAUGUUUGGAGAUGAGGCAUAUCACAGUCUGGGGAAAUGCUCCUGUCUGGGGAAGGGAUUCUUCUGAGGGUAGAAAAUGACACAGAAACAGUCCCAUACAGGAAGAAAUAAUAAUUUCUGAGGCACAGGCUGAACCUCUGGAGAGGAACCAGAGGUCUGAGACCCUAUAUCAAUCUCCAGUUGUUCCUAAUGUUUAUCUUACUGUGAUCUUCACUGAUGAUGAUGGUUGGGCUUCAUUCUGAGCAUUAGUGGAUUCUGGUUUUUAUGAUCCUUAAGACUAUAAUUCAGAAGUUAAUCUGCUCUAUAGAAAUCAUGGAGUGAUUUCCAGGAUUAGCAUUGUUAUUUCAGUAAGAGUUGUGUGGAUGUGAUAAUGAGUUUGAUGGAGCUCAUUGAACCAUUCCUCCCUGUACGAACAGUGUGGUCAAGUGACACUUGCUGGCGUGUGAUUUUUCUGUUACUUAGGUUUGGUGUGUUUAAUGGAGGUGUUAAUUAUCUCUCUUUUGAAAAUACCCAUAGUCUGUUGAUCUAGGUGGGACAGUUUUCCUCCAUGAAGUUAGUGAAGGAGCCUUCAAGGAAAAGUUAACUUGAGGGUUUAGAUGGCAGAGUAAACUAAGGACUUGGCAUUUUUCAAUCGCAAAUGUGCCUUCUGAUAUUUUCUCUAGCUUGUAAUACUCUAAUGUGUCAUUUUCAGACUCACCCCUGUGUUCUCCUAUUUGAAUUUUUUCACCGCAUAAGAUUUCAUGUCUCAAAUUCCAUCUUGCAUAGGACUUGUUUUAUAUUUUUAUAUGUUUUAUUCUUUUACAUGAAAUAAAGACUAAUUGAGUUUUUACCCUAAACAUAUUUCAGUACUUACUUAAAUUUCAAAUUCAACUGCUUAGGAGAAAAAAACAAACAAACAUAGUAUGCAAUAAUUUAUAUGGUAGAUCUCACUGGAAAAAAUAAAUGGUAUGAUUCAUUACUUUGCUAUCCCCAUAUUAACCCAUAUUCUAAUUUUUUUUUUUAGCUAAAUUGUUUUUUAAUGUUUAUUUAUUUGGGGGGUGGGGGAGGGAACAGAGCACAAGUGGAAGAGGAGCAGAGAGAGGGGGAGACACAGAAUCUGAAGCAGGCUUCAGGCUCCGAGCUGUCAGCACAGAGCCCGAUGCGGGGCUCGAACUCAGGAACUUCAGGAUCAUGACCUGAGCCAAAGUUGGACCCUUAAGUGACUGAACCACCCAGGCACCACUGACCUAUAUUCUACAGUCAAUUUGAUACUGGAGAAGUAUUUAGUGCAUCUGCAUUGUAAGACCUUCGAUGGUCUUGCUAGUGGUGCUAGUCAAUAGCCUAAAUACUAAAAAAUAAUUAAUUAGCACAAUUAAACGUAAAAUACAGCAAGUUUCAAAUAUGACAAUGUGUAAGUAUAUUUGGAUUAUUUAAAGAAUACAAGAUCUGAGAAAGUAGUACGAUGCCAACGGCCAAUGUCACUGCAACCCGGCUACUCAGGUUCAAACCAUGGCUCUACUACUAACAUUUAGUUGAGUCACUUAACCUCUUUUCAGCUAAAUUCUCCUUAUCUGGGGGCACCUGGCUGGCUCAGUCAGUAGAACUUAUGACCAACUCUUGAUCUCUGGGUCGUGAGUUUGAGCCCCACGUUGGGAGUUAACAACAACAAAAACACUAUAAAUUCUCCUCAUCUGUAAAAGGAAGAUAAUGUUAGGUACUAACUUGGAGAGUUGUAAAUAUUAAAUGUUAUAAAUAAAGCAUUAAUAACAGAGACCCAUACAUUGCAAGUGCUAUAUAAGGAAAUACAUCAAACUUGGAAAAAUCUCUUAACAAAAGAAGAAUAUAUAUUAGAAAUAAGUUAUCAGGGAAAAGUAAGAGUAAGUAGAGAUUUGGGGAUUUAAUUUUUCUUGAAAAUUGUAGCCCAUUCCCGGUGUCUCCACACAGAAUCCUCUUCUUUGCGAAAGUGAAUAUUGAGCCCUGGAAAAUAACUGAAUGACGUCUGCGGAUUUGAAAAUUGCAGUAAUCUUCCUGGUCCAGAUUACCAUUGGAAUCCUGGGGAAUUUCUCACUCUUAUAUCAUUAUAUGUCCCUUUGCUUCAAUGGAGGUAGGUCAAGAUCCACAGAUGUGAUUUUCAGGGACUUGACUGUAGCCAACUCUUUGGUCAUUCUCUCGAGAGGAAUCCCGGAGACCAUGGCAGCUUUUGGGUUGAGAUAUGUUCUCAAUGACUUUGGAUGCAAAGUUGUUUUCUAUAUGCACAGAGUGGCCAGGGGUGUGUCCAUUGGCACUACCUGCCUCUUGAGUAUCUUCCAGGCCAUCAGCAUCAGUCCCAGGAGUUCCAGGUGGGCAGAGAUGAAAGCAAAAGCCCUGAAGUACAUUGGCCCCUCCACCAUUUUGUGCUGGAUUCUGCACAUGUUGGUAAAUAUCAUAGUACCUAUGUAUGUGAUUAAAAAAUGGAGUAAUGAAAACAUCACAACUAUAGACUUUAAGUACUGUUCAGCUACACUUCAUGACAAAGGUACAGACUUCCUAUGUGCAACUGUCACAUCCAUCCCUGAUGUUUUGUGUUUGGGGCUCAUGUCCUGGGCCAGCGGCUCCAUGGUUUUCAUCCUUUACACACACAAGCAAAGGGUCCAACACAUUCAUAGGAACAACCUGUCAUCUAGAUUCUCCCCUGAGACCAGAGCCACUCAAACCAUCCUUGUCCUGGUAAGCACCUUUGUAUCUUUUUAUACCCUCUCUUCCAUCAUUUACAUUUGUUUUUCUUGUUUUGGCAAGACCACUUGGUGGCUGGUGAACACCUCUGCCUUAAUCAAUAUCUGUUUCCCAACUGUCAGCCCCUUUAUUCUCUUAAGUUGUAACCCCUGUGUAUCUAGACUCUUCUGUACAUGUACUGGAAGAAAUACACAACUACCCCAUCUCACCAGAAACAUAUAAAUUGUAUGUUUUUUACCAUGUUUGGCAUUGAUAUACUCAUUCCCAGUAGAAUCCUACACACAAUUACAAGCCAGUCUCCUUGUAGAUUGAGUUGUGAAAAAGACAGGAAGAGCAUCUGUUUCAGUAACAACUGAAAUAUGAAAAUACUUCUGGAGAAAGAUGAGCAUGUAAAAUACUUUCAGGUAAAUAUUAGAGCAAUGAAUUGCAGAAGACAAAGGAAAACAAGCAAGAAGACAUGUCAGCUGAUACUUAGAAAGUGUGCAGGUAGGAAGCAAACAGACGUUUCGUUUCAUCAAGUUAAAUGUAUGUGGGGAGUCUUUAGAAGGUAGAUUGUUCUGGGGUGCCUGCGUGGCUCAGUCAGUU